ACCACCCCCGCAGUGCUGAUGAAGAAGCUGGACCACCCGCACAUCGUGAAGCUCAUCGGCAUCGCCGAGGAGGAGCCCACCUGGAUCAUCAUGGAGCUCUAUCCCUACGGAGAGCUGGGCCAGUACCUGGAGCAGAACCGGCUGGGCCUGGCCGUGCCCACCCUGGUGCUGUACGCGCUGCAGGUCAGCAAGGCCCUGGCCUACCUGGAGGCCAUCAACUGCGUCCACAGGGACAUCGCCGUCAGGAACAUCCUGGUGGCCUCCCCGGAAUGCGUCAAGCUGGGAGACUUCGGCCUCUCCCGCUACAUCGAGGACGAGGAAUACUACAAAGCUUCCGUCACCCGCCUGCCCAUCAAGUGGAUGUCGCCGGAAUCCAUCAACUUCCGGCGCUUCACCACGGCCAGCGACGUCUGGAUGUUCGCCGUGUGCAUGUGGGAGAUCCUGAGCUACGGGAAGCAGCCGUUCUUCUGGCUGGAAAACAAGGAUGUGAUCGGAGUCCUGGAAAAAGGGGAUCGGCUUCCCAAGCCCGACCUCUGCCCGCCCAUGCUCUACACGCUCAUGACGCGCUGCUGGGACUACGAUCCCGGGGAAAGGCCCAAAUUCCAGGAGCUGGUCUGCAGCCUCAGUGACAUUUACCUGAUGGAGAAGGAGCUGGCCAAGGAGCAGGAGAGGAACAACCGGCACCGCCCUCCCAAAAUCCUGGAGCCGCCGGCAUUCCAGGAGCCCCCUCCCAAGCCCAGCAGGCCCAUGUACAAGCCGCCAUCCCAGAAUAACCUCCUGGCUCCCAAGCUGCAAUUCCAGGUUCCGGAGGGGCUCUGUGCCAGCUCUCCCACCCUUGCCAGUCCCGCCGAGUACCAGACUCCGGCAAAUUCCCGGCGCACUCCGCCUCCCAGCCGGCACAGCGUCUUCAAGCGCCACAGCAUGAGG